GAAAUAUAUACCAGCAUGGGUGUUUGUCCACAGCACGACUUACUAUGGGAGAGCCUGACUGGAAGGGAGCAUUUGCUGUUUUAUGGUAGACUUAAGAAUCUCAAAGGUUCUGCCUUAAUAGAAGCUGUGGAAGAGUCUUUGAAGAGUGUGAAUCUGUUCUAUGGUGGAGUUGCUGACAAACAGGCUGGGAAGUAUAGUGGAGGUAUGAAGAGAAGGCUUAGUGUUGCAAUUUCACUCAUAGGGGAUCCGAAGGUACUGUUGUGAAGCGGAAACGAGGGACGCUGUUGCGUGACCUAGCCCAGCCAGGUGAUGAAAUCCUUGUAGCGAGGGGUGGACAAGGAGGGGUGAGGCAUCAUGCAUCUUAAUUGGAGUGGAAAUUUUCAGUAUUUUCUGUGCAGAUUUAGAACUGUUUGAGUAUUAUCGAGACUAUCUUUGCAUAAUACUGAU